AUGUCUCGUGUACCCUUUAUCGGGAGGUUGUUUUGGUUUGAGUACCUGGCACUGCUAGGAUCAUUGAUCCUGGUAUUCCUGGAGACUGUCAUUCAUCUAAUCACAUUCUGCCUUCCAUCACCUAUCAUUCGAUUUUGUCACGAUCAGUCGAAGAAACUCUUCAAUGUAUUCAUUUCAAAGGAAUCGCAUGAUAAACGGACAAAAGAGGAGAUUCUUGCUUCGUCUAUAGCAGAGGCGUCGGAUUUCGUGGACAUGUGCGCCCUGUUCGGAUAUGAGGCGGAGGAGCACAUCGUUCAGACUUCAGAUGGGUAUCUUCUUGGGCUGCAUAGACUGGCCUACCGGAGAGGGGAAGAAAAUAUGCGGGUUAACCAAGGACCUGGCUCAAUUAGCAAAAAGGUUGUCUACCUUCACCAUGGUCUCCUCAUGUCUAGUGAGGUGUGGGUCGCCUUGACCGAUGAACAGCGGUGUCUUCCCUUCCAGCUGGUCGAAAAGGGAUACGAUGUUUGGCUGGGCAAUAACAGGGGCAACAAGUAUGCGAAGAAGUCUACCCAAUUCUCACCAGGGUCAAAUGAGUUUUGGGACUUCUCCAUUGAUCAGUUCGCCUUUCACGAUAUCCCGAACAGCAUCGAAUACAUCCUCGAUGUGACCACCCAGCCAUCGUUAUCGUACAUUGGUUUCUCGCAGGGUACCGCGCAGGCUUUUGCAACACUAUCUAUCCACCCGUUGCUCAACCAGAAGGUUGAUGUUUUCGUGGCCUUGGCUCCGGCAAUGGCUCCGUCUGGCCUCCGCAAUCGCAUCGUCGAUUCUCUUAUGAAGGCUUCACCGAACUUCUUGUUCCUCCUCUUCGGCAGACGCAGUAUCCUCUCCUCGACAACGAUGUGGCAGACAAUUUUGUACCCGCCAAUCUAUGUCCGCAUCAUUGACACGGCCCUGUCUGUCCUAUUUAACUGGCAAUGCCGCAAUAUCACCCGAACCCAGAAGCUAGCUGCAUACCUCCACCUGUAUUCCUUCACGAGUACCAAGUCCGUUGUCCACUGGUUCCAGAUAAUCCGCAACAAGAAUUUCCAGUUCUACGACGACGAACUGCAAACCCCUUUCAGCAUUGUUGCCAGUGAACGCUUCUACAAGCCUGUCAAGUACCCAACCCGCAACAUCAAGACACCAAUCGUACUCCUCUAUGGUGGCAGUGAUAGCCUUGUCGAUAUCAAUGUUAUGUUGCAGGGCUUGCCUCGUGGGACUGUCGCAAAGCCUAUACCUACUUAUGAGCACUUGGACUUCUUGUGGGCGUCUGAUGUGGACCAACAGGUCUUUCACCAUGUCUUUGACGCAUUGGAGACAUAUAGCCCGAAGAGCGUCAACGGUGCUCAUGCAAAUGGCGUUAAUGGUGUCAAUGGCAUCGAUUCAGGCCCAACCAACUUACUCGAAGACAGACCUUCUACUGCCUCGCAUUCUUCGAAUAGCUCUCUACCAAGACAUCGGACAAACAUGACAGUUGACUCUGCAGACAGUGCAGCGCCCUAG